AUAGUGUAGAGAUGUUAGAAGUUUUGCCUCACACAAACCCUAGCCACCAAAAAAUGGAUCAACAACUCUUAUUACUAUACACAACUCUAUCCUUUAUCACCAUCAUCAUCAUCUUCUUCUUCUUCUUAUUCGAAACCAAAAAACGACGUCACUUCAAAAACCUACCACCCUCUCCACCCUCAUACCCCAUACUCGGCCACCUCCACCUCCUCAAGCCACCAAUUCACCGCACUUUCCGAAACCUCUCCCAAAAGUACGGCUCAAUCUUCUCCCUCCGCUUGGGAACCCGCCGCGUCGUCGUCGUCAUCACAUCUCCCUCCGCCGUCGAGGAGUGCUUCACCAAAAACGACGUCGUUCUCGCCAACCGCCCUUGUUAUCUCCUGGGGAAGUACCUCAGCUACAACAACACCACCAUGACCACUUCCUCCUACGGCGACCACUGGCGCAACCUCCGCCGCAUCAGCGCCAUCGAGAUCUUCUCCUCGAGUCGGCUCAACUCGUUCUUAGGAAUCCGGAGGGACGAAAUCAACCGUCUUCUUUGUGAACUCGCUAGGCCCGGCUGCGGCCGCGGUGGUUUCGUCUUCGCCGAGGUAGAGAUGAAGUCGCUGCUUUCGAGCUUGACUUUCAACAUCAUAAUGAGAAUGGUUGCCGGAAAACGGUACUUCGGUGAUGACGUCAGCGAUGGUGAUCACGCGGAGAGCCGGCGGUUCAGGAAGAUAAUUGAGGACUCCACUGCCUAUGCCGGGGCGGCGAACGCGGCGGAUUAUCUGCCGGCGGCGUUGAGUUGGUUUGGAAAGGGGUAUGAGAAGAAGGUGAGAAGUGUUGGGAAGAACAUGGAUGAGUUCUUACAAGGUCUGAUCAGUGAGCAUCGGACUAAGAAGAAUAAAACAAUGGCGGAGAGUAGUAGUAGUAGUAGUUCCACCAUGAUCGACCAUUUGCUUUCUUUGCAGGAAUCUCAACCCGAUUACUACACUGACCAAAUUAUCAAAGGUUUUACACAGACGAUAUUUACAGCUGGAACUGACACAUCUUCAGUGACAGUAGAAUGGGCAAUGUCCAAUCUUCUUAACCAUUCUCAUGUCCUUAAAAAAGCCAGAGCUGAGAUAGAUGAUCAAAUCGGACAACAACGCUUGAUAGAAGAAUCAGAUCUUCAUAAACUACCCUAUCUCCAAAGCAUCAUCUCUGAGACCUUACGACUCUACCCAGCAGCUCCAAUGCUGCUACCUCAUUUAUCGUCCGCUAAUUGCACCAUAGGAGGAUACGACGUACCACAAGAUACCAUCUUAUUGGUCAAUGCAUGGGCCAUACACAGAGACCCGACGUUGUGGGAUGAAGCCGAGAGUUUCAAGCCCGAGAGAUUCAACAAAAGUAGUAGUGAAGGUGGUGGUGAUGGUGAUGGUGAUGGUGGUGGGUUCAACAAACUUAUGCCAUUUGGGUUGGGAAGAAGAGCUUGCCCUGGUUCUAGCCUGGCUCAACGUGUUGUGGGCGUCACUUUAGGGUGUUUGAUCCAAUGCUUUGAUUGGGAAAGAGUCGACGAUGAAGACAUUGACAUGACAGAAGGUAAAGGUGUCACUAUGCCAAAAGUAGUGCCAUUGAAAGCUAUGUGCAGAGCUCGCCCCAUCAUGAACUCAAUUUUCUCUGAAUUUGCUAAUGAUACUUAAUAUAUGAGCUCUCAUUCUCGCAAGCCAUGUUUUUCAUUAUUAUAAGCUAAAUAAACUGUUGUAUUGCAAUGUAUUAUAGUUUACAUUGUUUUUUUUUAUUGGCUGCGUGUAUUUUAUUGAUUAAGUUAAA